AUGUCGGGAGGUAGCGCGGGCUUUGACCGGCAUAUCACCAUCUUUUCCGAGCAAGGAAGACUCUACCAAGUUGAAUAUGCAUUCAAGGCGAUUACCGCUGCCAACAUAAUGGCAAUUGGGGUCCGAGGCAAGGAUUGCGCCGUAGUCCUUUCCCAGAAGAAAGUUCCUGACAAGUUGAUCGAUCCUUCAUCCGUCUCCCACAUCUUCCAGAUUUCACCGUCCGUUGGUUGUGUCAUGACCGGAUCUAUCGCGGACGCUCGGGCGUUUGCUCAGCGCGCCCAGGGCGAGGCUGCGGAGUUCCGAUACCAGUAUGGAUACGAGAUACCGUGCGAUGCCCUCGCUAAGAGGCUGGCCAACAUUAGUCAGGUCUACACUCAGAAGGCGUACAUGCGUCCCUACGGCGUGGCGACGACGCUUAUAUCAUUAGACUCGGAGUUCGGCCCACAACUUUACAAGUGUGACCCGGCAGGCUACUACGUGGGUUACAAAGGAACUGCCGCCGGUCCGAAGCAGCAGGAGGCUCUCAAUCACUUAGAGAAGAAGCUCAAGAACAAGGAUCAUGCAGAAGGCACAUGGGAGGAUGUUGUGGAGUUGGCCAUUACUACGUUGAGCACGGUCCUCAGCAUGGAUUUUAAGAAGGGUGAGAUUGAGAUCGGAAUCGUUGGAGGCCCCCGAGCGGACGGUAAGGGGGGGUCAGAUCCCUUCUUCAGAACAUUGACGGAGGAGGAGAUCGAUGAAAGAUUACAGGCCAUCGCCGAGAAAGAUUAG